AUGAAGGGGGCUCACCCCUUCUCAGAGGUCAACAUCGAAGACCGCGCCUCUGUGCAAGAGCUCCUCCGCACCCUUCUCGAUCCCCUGGAGCCCUUCUUCUCCCCCAACAAGGCUCGCGUAAGGGUGCCGGGUGCUACUGCUGUGCGAUUCGACCAGACGGCCUCUGAGGUCGAGGGGAUAUGCCGUCCGCUGUGGGGCUUGGCGUGCUUGUUAGCUGGUGAUGGAGACUACAAGGGCAAAACCUGGUGGAUUGAUGGCAUCAAGGCCGGCACAGAUCCCGAGAACCCAGAGUACUGGGGUUGUCCUCGGGACAACGAUCAGAGAAUGGUCGAGAUGUGCCCUCUAGGGUUUGCUCUGGCUGUUGCUCCUGAGAUCUGGGGAUCUAUGUCAGUAAAGGAGAAGACAAACGUCGAGAACUGGCUUGGCAACUCUAUCAACGAGAAAAAGUAA